UUUUUAACAAGUUUGUUUUUAUUUACAGAUUUACUUGAUAAAUUAAGAAUAAAAGCUAAAUGAAAUAUAACAAAGUUAUAUAAUUGUAUUAUUUGAUAUGUCUGCCCAACGACAGCGAGUUGUAAGACGAGGUGCAUUAUAUAAUGCUCUAUUUUUUUUAAUGUUUCUUCUUGCUUGUUUUAUUGCCAUAUUAUUGUUUUGGCCAUGGAAGGCAGACCAUCAAGAAAAAUUUGUGUUGAGAAGUUGGGAAGGUACACCUGAAGUUCAGAUUUUAAGCAAAAGUAGUAUAGCAGAAAAAACAGAUGGAAAUUGCAACUACUAUAAUUGUUUUGAUGUAUAUAGAUGUGGACAUUCUGACAAUAUGAUAUCAAUUUAUAUAUAUCCAAUUUUAAGAUAUGUUGAUGAAAAUAGGGUUCCAAUUUCAUCUCCUUUCUCCAGAGAAUUUAUGGAAAUAAUGGAGACAAUAUUAAAAAGUCCUUAUUACACUCCAGAUCCACAAAAGGCUUGCUUAUUUGUUCCAUCUCUUGAUCUCUUAAAUCAGAAUAAUGUUAGAUUAAAAGAAAUGUCCCAAGUAUUAGCUUCUCUACCUUUGUAAGUUGUUAUAAAAUUAAACAAUAUUAUAAAUAAGUGUAAUUACUAUUAAUUAUUA